AAGCACAACACCGUACGGGUCGGACGCGAACCGCGUAGAUUAAAAAGUUCAAGAUAUUUUAGUUAGUGAAAUGUCGUUUUCCAUAGUAACUUCUCAAAUGUUGUACAUCAACGACUUUCAGUAACAGACGCGAAGAAUUAAAGGUGGGCAACAUACAUAUAAAUAUACAUUCAUAUGUAAAAGCCUCAUUUUUGUCGGUUAAAUUCCAAAAUAAAAGCUCGACUUGCAUACAUCUUUAUAUCUUAAAUGUACAAACAUAGAAAGCUUGCCGGGCUGCAUAAGUGUACUUCUAUUUUAAUUGUGUUACCGGUGUAUUAUUGUUAUUGCCCACUUUAAAUAGGUGAAAAAUAAAAAUUGGCCCGUCCUUUCAAUAUUCUGAGUCGAUGCUAAAAAUGCAAGUGCAAAAAAUAUCCGUGAAAAAGUAUGAACUUUAAGAAAAAUACAUAUACACACACACUCGCAUUCAUGACGAUCAUUCAUUAUUGCUUCUGCUUCUUGCGCGACGUGUUUCGGUUAAGCUUACCUGGCUGUGUGCGUGUGUGAGAGUGCGCGAUAGUGUGAGCGUGAGUGCGAAGCCGAGCUUUCGAGUUAAAGUUCUUUAGCUUGCGUCGGCGUAGCGUUGGCAGCAACAGCAGCAGCAACAGCAACAGGUUAGACCCGUAUACAGCAACAUCUUUGGCAGCCUGGAUCUCAGUAUUUAGCAAGAGAACACUCGCAAGUCAUCCCCAUCGUUAUGCUGUACAGUAAAACAUGGCAACGUCGACACUGUAUGUUGCUGGGGUGACCUGUUUGGGUUUCGUGUGCUUUGCUUUGGCAUCCGUCGCCAUUGGCAUACCCAUUUGGGGUUAUUACGAUAGUCCAUCAGGUGGCUAUGACUACGAUCGCGGCUACUUUGGGCCCUUCAAAGUGUGCAAGCAAUUGACUUAUAAUCGUGAAAAAUGCGGCAACGAUGUCUCCAAGUUCAGGCUGAGCAAUGCAGUAUUUGUCAGCGGUCUUUUGGCGGUUGGCAGUUCAGCUCUGCUGGGCAUCUUCUGCAUAUUGUCGGUCAUCCAACACGCGAUGAUAUCGUCACGGGAGAAGGUUGUCAUGUCCUACACAUCACUGGUCAUUGUCAAACUCAUUCUAGCCCUGCUGGGUGGUUUGUUGGCCAUAAUAGCCACAGUGCUGUUCGCGUUGCAAAUUGAUGAACAGGAGCGCUUCGGUUUCAAAAUAUCGCGUGGCAUUUCCUUCUAUAUACAGAUAGUUGUGAUUGUCUUAUCGAUUGGUCUGUUUGUGGCCGCCCUGUAUGACGUCAUCUUCUCACGUGGCUCUGGAGGCGAUCCCACAAUGGCGCUGGACGCUUCAUCGCCGGCAAGUGCAACCACGUUUAAUAAUCCAGGAUUUAAGGAGCCUCGAAGUCGCAACGGCGUCUCGGUCACAGACGCCUCUGGAAAGCCGUACAGCGGUAUACGAAACGGAGCUGGAACUGCCGGAAGUGUGGCUUCCAUGAGUACCACUGUGACCAGUGUCUCGAAUGGAUCCACCUUGGACUCGGUGACACGUUCCCCGCUGCGUUCCAGUCUGAAGAAACCACGACCCAGGCCCGAUCCUACGCUGGGUAUUCAGAAUCCAGGCUAUUCAGGCUCGGGCAGCUCUCCACCCAUGCGUCGCAAUGGGAGUGUGAAGAAGGUGCGCAUUCAAACGCACAGCACAGAGGUCUAGAUGGGAUAUAUGUUAGGUUUAUCCGAUAAUCGAAAAGAGCAUCAAUACGAAUUAAGAAGAACGACGACAAAAACAACAAAGACUGUGUAUAGUAGCAACAACAACACAAAACGACAUUUGAAAAAAUACAAAAUCAAUUGACAAGUUGUAAGAUUUCAUUAACAAACAUAAAGUGAAUUAAUAUUGAUAUAAACAAAUUAUUUUCAUUUGUCUUCCAAAUAAGUCGCAAUGUUAAUUUGUUUCUAGACAAAGUGAGAAUUUAAUUUUGAUUAAAUUGUUUAUGACAAUUUUGUAAGCAACGGUUUCCGUCCAAGGGCAGAGUCAAUGUAGGUAAUUUAAUUUUCAUUUGACAUUUAUAUAUAUUAUUUACCAUCCCUCAAGUGUCCUUAAGACCCACGCCCAGUCCCUCCACAAGCUACAAAUCAAAUAGAGAAUAUCUUUUCAACUUUGUAAUGAUUUAGGUUUAGAUUUAGAUUCCAUUAAUUUGCAAUGUAAAAUAUAAACAAUUGUUGCUAAGUUAACCAUAUAAAAGACAUACUACUUUUAAGCUUGUUUGUUUAAAAAUACGUUUAAUGUUUUUCGCUGUAAGCUACAAAUAUAAUAAAUUAAAUGCAUAUUAAAAUU